CUUUCUUCUAACAACUUCGAUAGAAGACCCCCCCAGAACCCAGAGAUUACCAAGAUCCACUAAUCAAAUCCAAGUCGGUCGCUGCCGCCCGGAUCCCCCUUUGGAUCUCACUUGUUUAGGGUUUGAGAAAUGAGUCAUAAAGGAUUGAUAUACAGCUUCGUUGCGAAAGGAGGUGUUGUUCUAGCAGAGCACACUUCCUUCUCUGGAAACUUCAGCACCAUUGCUGUUCAGUGCUUGCAGAAGCUCCCUUCCAGUAGCACCAAGUACACCUACUCGUGCGACGGCCACACUUUCAACUUCCUCCUUGACAAUGCCUUUGUUUUCCUCGUCGUCGCCGACGAAUCCAUGGGCAGGAGUGUGCCUUUCGUGUUCCUCGAGCGUGUGAAGGCCGAUUUUAUGCAGCGGUAUGGUGCCAGUAUCAAGAGUCAGGGAGGUCCGCAUCCGCUGGCCGACGGAGACGAGGAUGAGGAUGAUGAUUUGUUUGAGGACCGGUUUAGCAUUGCGUAUAAUUUGGACAGGGAGUUCGGGCCAAAGCUCAAGGAGCAUAUGCAGUACUGCAUGGAGCAUCCGGAGGAAAUGAGUAAGAUUUCCAAACUGAAGGCUCAGAUCACGGAGGUUAAAGGCGUGAUGAUGGAUAAUAUCGAGAAGGUUUUGGAUCGUGGGGAGAAGAUUGAACUUCUGGUGGACAAGUCUGAGAAUCUGCAGUUCCAGGCGGAUAGCUUUCAGAGACAGGGAAGGCAGUUGCGACGCAGGAUGUGGCUGCAGAAUCUCCAAAUGAAGCUAAUGAUAGGAGGAGGAGUCGUUGCUCUGAUCAUUUUACUGUGGCUUAUUGCCUGUGGAGGUUUCAGCUGUUGAGGUGCCGAGGACCAUUAGUUGUCGACAAGAAAAUGAUCACUGUCCAGGUGCUGUACAACUAUGUAGCACCGACACCGACACCGACACUGCGACACCGACACGGCGCGACACCGCGACACGGCAAAUCUAAAAAACAUAGAUCCCGACACGGCGUCGACACGGCAAUUUAUAUAAAAUUUAAUAUAUUUAUUAAUGUAUAAAAAAAUAUAUAAUACAUGAAAUAAUGUCAAAUUAAAGUUUCAAGUUCAUUCCAUUGCAUAACAAUUCAAAACAAAUAAAUCUAAGAAAAGAAGAAAGGGAAAACAAUGGGACUGAAACAAAAUUUGGGUUUUUUUCUGUUUAGUUUUCAUUUUUCUAUUUUUUAUAAUCUAAAAUGAUGACAUGACAUAUCAGAAUUAUGAUGUGGCGUGUCGGUCAAAGUGUCGGGGAAGUGUCAAAAAAGUCAAUAUUGAUGACACGCCACGUGGAGUGUCGGACACGGUGUCGGGAAGUGUCGGGCCGUGUCGGAGUGUCGGGAAGUGUCGGACACUUCGACACUCCAACCUUAGAAGUGUCGGUGCUACAUAGCUGUACAAGAUAUUCGUUGGUUUUUUAUAUUGGAACUGAUACUCUUAGAACCUGCUCUGUCAUGUAAGUAACUUCUGUUACCAGUUGGGUGGCUGGUUUUAUUGACUUGGUAUUUUUCUCUAAAUAGUGUUUCUGUGUAUAUUGUUGCCUAAAUCAAGAACUUGCGCAGUUGCAUGCAGCUAAGUACCUAAAAGUUUGAGCAACUCAGAACCAUCUUAUUUCUUUUGCUUCUU